AUGUCUUCGUCUGCGGAGUGGGCUAUUCCGCCUGAAAAUGUUAAAAAAUAUGAAAAUCUAUUCGAAACUAUGGUACGUAUUGGCGACAAAGUAUCUGGAGAAGUUAUGAGCAAGUUCCUUCGAGAUACGAAACUCCCUGUCGAAACACUUAGAGCUAUCUGGGAUCUUUCUGAUCUUGAUCAGGACGGUUAUCUUGAUAGAUAUGAGUUUAUUCUGACAAUGCACCUUGUUUGCGUGUGCCUAGAAGGUCGACCUUUACCGGUUGUACUUCCGUUAAAUCUCGUGCCUCCAAACAAACGGGGUGGAGUUUUGGAACCCCUUGCUAUCAUGCCUCCUCCUUUAUCUAUCGAAAUUUCUUCUUCGAAUUUUCGUUCAUCUUCUGGUCUUGUACCUGGUGGAUUUUCUCCCGCAUCUUCAAUUCUGAGUGCCUCUGCAGGCCCACCACCUCCAAUGCCUGAGUGGUCAAUACCCAAAGCCGAGCAGACCCAGUACUCAGCUGUUUUUUUGCGAAUGGACCAAGAUGAGGAUGGUCUAAUCACAGGUAGUGAUGUUCACGAUUUCUUUCUCCACUCGAAUCUCCCCCAAAACGUCCUUGCUCGAAUCUGGGAUCUUGUGGAUCUUCAACACACUGGCACUCUGAAUCAGGAGCAGUUUAUCGUUGCAGUGCAUUUGGCCAAUGAACAGAUCGCCUCAAAAUGCACUCGAGAGUUACCGGUUGCCUUACCAGCGGCACUCAUUCCUCCUAGUCUCAGACCUGUCGCGCUAGAACCCAAGGAUUACGAGGAGUCCAAUAAACUUCUGGUGGAAAUCGAGAAAAUUCGAAAAGAGCGUCAAUCUCUAGAAGGCUCCGCAUCCUCCUCGCUGGGUAUCGACGUUCAUGGUGAAGAGAUUGCGCGCAUGUCCGCGGCACUUGAAACCCUCGGUGCAACCGUUCGAAGCUUGACUACACAACAAGCGGCCGCCGAGCGCUAUGUCGCCGAUUUGCGCAAUGAACGUCGUGCUGCACUCCGCAAUCAACUCUCUGAAGCCACCGAUACGGUUAAAGCUAAAAAGGCUACUGUUGAUGCCUUGAGGGGUCAACUCACUUCGCAACAGAUCUCAAUUCGUUCUCAAGAGGAAGAGGUUAUUCAACUUCGGAAUGCCAUUACGGACCGCAAACGCGAGGAGACUUCGUUGCUUCAGCAGGUUGCUGAGCGCAGAAACCGUGCUGAGGCGGUGGAAACGGAAAACAGGGCUAUUUCCGCUCGAAAUGAAUCUGUAAGCUUGGUUACUUAA